CACAUGUACAUAUAAUUUCACAAGUAUGAGGUUGGCCUGGCUCGAUCGUUCUCGAGUGCUUCUCUCCCGUACAUAAAUUCAAGUCAGGUUCGACUAUAGCCAUCAUGGAGUUAGCUCCGCCUUCCUAUGAAAGCGCAACACAAGUUGAUAUCUGGAAUCUUGCUUCAACCUAUGUAACCCACCCUCAUGAUCUAUGCGCCGUAUCAUUGGUAUGCCGCCGAUGGCACAAAACCUUUUCCCCUCGUCUAUGGGGCAGUCCGGCAGUGCAUUUCCACAACCACCGGGAUGGCGACGAUCGUGUAAUGACUAGAUUUCUGCUCGCUUUGCCCUCGGCCCGUCUGGAGGUGCGUCGACUGACCCAUACUCUUCGCUUUCCUUCUCGCAAGGACCUACAUGAUGGCCUCGGGACGGGUUGGCUGAGAGACGUUCUGCAUUUGCUACCAAAUCUCCAAUCCUUGAUCGUGUGGAGACUCCCCUCCUUUGAUCAUCAAACGCUCCAGAACUUGGUGGCAACCGCCAGACGACCCGGCCCAAAUUUGCAGGUAACGUCUUUCAGUUUACGACUGAUGGAGGCUUCGCGCUGUCAGAAUCUCACAUCGCAAAGUCUGGCCGAUGCACUCCCCCUAUUUGGCAAUCUCUUGUAUCUGGAUCUUUCUUUCACACAAUCUGCCCGCGAUAGAGGCGUGUUGGACAGCCUGAAGAACCUGCAAGGCCUGCAGAUCCUCAAACUCCGGGGCGUUGGGUUAGGAGACGACAACGUUGGGGUUCUCGCCCGAGCCAUCAAGCUCCGUGUGCGCAGCUUAGACGUCCGGGAUAACAGAAUCACAGACCAAGGUGCAAGGACACUGCUUCAAGAAUGCUUCCUGGCCAAUGAUGUGGACCGCGGCGACUCUGAUCGAAGUCGUGAGCGGCCUCAAGUCGACAUGCUGCAUUUAAGUAGGAGCGAGGAUUUCGAACCCUACCUUCUGUACACUUUCACGACCACGUUUGCCGACAGACUUUCGAUUGAAGAUACUGCUGCGCAGGGACUGACACAUCUAUAUAUCUCGGGCAAUAGUUUGACAGCUGAUAUUGUUUGCGAGAUGGCCAAGACCGCCCGGCUGCAUGUGCUUGACGUCGGCAAUCUGAAAAAAGAAUAUCCGGCUGAGCCAAUGUACCGCUCGGAGCCCGUUCAUCAAACGCCUGGUUUGGCGCUUUUGCCUUCAGUCUUGCUCACGUAUGCAGCCACGACACUCACACUGCUCCGGAUAGAUUACAAUAUGGCCAUGAUGAUAUCACCGCAGCCAAUCGCUGGCUCUGCCCAUACAUCGAAGUUUGCUUUGGCAAGUCUGAAGACGCUGAUUCUCACCGACGUCCCGUAUUCUUCUACGAAUGAGGAUAUCGCCCAUUCCAUCAUCAACUUCAUCUGUCUUUGUGCUGCUGAAUCGCAAAGCGCCUGGGCGCAGGCAUUCAGCGACUAUGCUCUGCCGCCUGGCCGACGAGGGAACAUUGCUGCAGUGAGACAAGCUGCCAAGCAAAGGUUCGCUCUCACAAGGAUCGUUCUGGAAGUUACAAGCAAGCUUGGCAUUGGCGGCUCCACCGCGAAAGACUUUAAUGCCGAAGAUGGCGAGACGAUGCUCUCGAUGACAGAAGACCGUGAUAGCGAGGCGUUCUGGGCCGCGUCAAACGCAGACUUUAGUUUCUUUGACAAAGAUGAUGGCUCGUUGUCGUGCGAUGGUCCGGCGCGUUCAUCAGUCUCAGGUGGCGGCACACGCAUGGCGUCAGGAUUCGAUACCAUCGCGCUCGUGGCAGCAUUCCGCAAAGAUAGGAAGAUCGCGUUUGAACGCCAGCAAGCUGCUUCAUUCGACAAUCAUUCGCCGUCAACGGCUGGCUACUGGGACGGAGUGGUCCAAGUUGUGCGAAAUGCUGAAGUUCAUCCAGACCGUAUGAAUGAUUAUUACAGCACUCGCUUUGUGCAGAAGGCUGGUUUCUGAUAGCUCCUAUAGCCUUGCAUGAUCUUGGGAUCCACAAGCUUUGGUGCUCAUUUAUAGGAGCGAUCCAAUCUGAAAGCGUGCAUGACUACCACAUUGAAGUCAGGGUUUCAAUCAGCUCGGACAUGAGACUUUCAA